AUGCACAUCACAGCACCUGAAAAAUCCUCCCCUUCCCACCUCAACGGCCACUCCAACGGGCAGAUCUCGAAUGGUAACGGCUACUCCAACGAUUCGAAAUACGACAUGAAUGCCCCUUCAACCAUCAGGCAAAGAUUUCUAUCUGCGCCGUCUGAUCUCGGUGUCGUGUUGGUAGGCUUCUCUGGCGGACAGUGCAAAGAGGGCGUGGAUGCUGCUCCCACAGCACUUGUGGGCGCAGGUCUACUGGAUCAACUUAGCGAUGAAUUGGGAUACAAACUCCAUGGUGAUACGGAGGUCCACAACUUUAACGAGAUGCGAACCGCCAAUGACGAGCCACAUCGGGGGAUGAAGAACCCACGUGCCGUCUCUGCUGUUACAGAAAAGCUGGCUGAACAGGUAUAUGAGCAGGCCAAGGAAGGCAGGAUGGUGCUCACUCUGGGUGGCGACCACUCCAUUGCAAUCGGCACAAUCGCUGGUACUGCAAAAGCCGUUCGCGAGCGCCACAACGGACAGGACAUGGCAGUUAUCUGGGUGGAUGCACAUGCAGAUAUCAACACACCCGAGACCUCCGAUUCUGGAAAUGUUCACGGCAUGCCAGUGGCUUUCUUGACCGGCUUAGCCACUUCAGACCGAAAGGAGAUGUUUGGCUGGCUAGCCGAUGACCAACGCAUCAGCACACGGAAAUUGGUUUACAUUGGUCUACGGGAUGUGGACAGGGGUGAGAAAAAGAUUCUACGGGACAACGGCAUCAAGGCCUUCAGUAUGCAUGACAUUGAUCGCCAUGGCAUUGGCCGCGUUGUCGAGAUGGCUCUCGCUCACAUUGGUACUGAUAUCCCAAUCCACCUCAGCUUUGACGUCGAUGCCUUGGAUCCCAUGUGGGCCCCUAGCACGGGCACGCCUGUAAGAGGAGGCUUGACACUGCGUGAAGGCGAUUACAUUGCAGAAUGUGUUCACGAGACUGGUCAAUUGGUCGCCAUGGACCUAGUUGAAGUUAAUCCCAGCCUUGAGGUUGCUGGUGCUAGCGAGACUGUUCGGGCUGGUGUGAGUUUGGUGAGAUGUGCUUUGGGAGACACCUUGUUGUAG